CCGGAAAUUGAAGGGCGUUUCCUGCUGGCUCGGCUUCCUCAAUAUGGCAGCGCCCUUGUGUGUGGAGGUGGAGUUCGGAGGCGGUGCAGAGCUCCUCUUUGAUGGAGUAAAGAAACAUCAAGUCACCUUGUCUGGGCAGGAGGGGCCCUGGGACAUUCGGAACCUCCUUGUCUGGAUCAAGAAGAAUUUGCUAAAAGAGCGGCCAGAGCUGUUUAUCCAGGGAGACAGUGUGCGACCAGGAAUUCUGGUGCUGAUUAACGAUUCAGACUGGGAACUGCUGGGCGAGCUGGACUACCAACUGCAGGACCAGGACAGCAUCCUCUUCAUCUCUACGCUGCAUGGGGGCUGAGGGCCUCUUUCUGAGCCCACUCACCCUUGUAAGGAGAGAACAGAACAAACACACAUCCCCUUGGGCCCUGCUUCCAGGUCUCCUGUCCCCUUUGGCUGCCUCCUUCCCUGCUAUAUCCUCUGAGCUCCCUCCUGGCAGGGAAAAGAGGCCAGGUGCUAAAAAUGAGCCUUUCUGGGCAGGGCACGUGAGCAGGAUAGGGAGGGCAGGUGCCCAAGCCCAGCACAGCACUCUUCCCUGCAGCUGAGGUGGGGGCAGGUGUUCCUGUGGUAUGUCAGGAGCUGAGGAGGCCUCUGUGCCCAAGUGACCCAGCUGCCUUCCACGCCUGUGUCUUACUCGGAGCAUUAAGUGACCACCAGCAGGGCACUCCAGUUCCUGAGCUAUCUUCAUGGGGAAGAUGAAUGGACUGGAAUGACUGAUGAGAGCCCCCUCCCUUUCAAAGAUUACAGGCGUCUCCGCCUCAGUUUCCCCUUUUGAACAGCAGAGGGCUUUGCCUGUCCCCUACUGAUAUCAUUAUGGAACCCCAGCUGGGGUCCCCUAUUCAGUGCUUGACCCCCUUCCCUCUAUCCAGCAGCUGCUCUCCCAGCCACACCUCUCCUCCUGCUCCCCUGAUUCCCAGCCCUUGACCCUGGCUGGCCUCCCCCCUUCACAGGCCACCAGAUGGGCUCCUGAGACACUCCCUGGGCUGUGUACAGCUUGUUCUGCUGGGAGUGGAGAAGGGGGAAAAGAGCCCAAUCUUCGACUGACCAGUAGAGACCAUGGGUGGGGGGGGAAAUAGGACCAGUAUGUCUCAGUUGACUCAUCUACAGCUGAUUAUUUAUAGUAUCUGAAAACUGGGGGGAUAUUUGUCACCACAAGUGUAGAUUGGGAGCAGGCAGCACCUGGUACCUGGUAGACAGUGCUUUGUCCCCCCAAGCUCUUCUGGAAGUGUGGGGACCUCAUGUCUACAAUAGCUGGCCUUGGACAAAUAAAAGACUGUGUUGCUUACAA